AUGUCCAUCAAAGAGCAGGAGAUGAAUAUUAUCUCAGGUGUUGCAGUUCACAGCAGUUCAAGGCCUGUUUACUCAGAACAUUCUCACAAAAGGACACUUGAAGAAUGCUACAACAUUGCAAAGAAGUAUGUGGACAAAUCUGAGGAUGAGAUAACAUUGCUGGACUAUUCAUAUGAGAUUGAUAAACUGGAAGAUCAUAAAAUCAUAGGUCCAGUUAAGAGAAGAAAGAUGAACACGGGUUAUACGUUUGCUCAAGUCAAUGAAUUGGUGAAGAAUGCCAUGGCCUCCAAAUCUUUGAUGACUUCUCGCCCAAAUUGGCAACCGAAAUUUUCCAUGGAGGAUUAUGCUAUUGCCAAAACCGUAAUCCUCCAUGAUAUAGAAAACUGUCAAUACCCCAAAAAUUGUGAUCCUCUGCUGAUUACGAAGUUUGCUGAAUAUGCAAAGAUGGCUUUGGUACAAGCUGGAUUUACAGGACCAAUUCAUGAUUUCUAUGGAGUGGGAGAUGUGGAUAUGGUAUUUGGUCCUCCUUGGAGUGAGAAGAGGAGAGCUAUUGAAUCUUCAGGCAUCAUACUCAUCGAUGUUCCCAAGAGAUUCAACUCAGAUGGAACUCCUGUAAAGGAUUUGGCUGACAAGGAGCUCAUGAAUAGGAUGUUCAAUUGGGUGUGUCACAACCUGAUCCCAGCAAACAUUGUGUUGGCUUCGAGUGAUAAAGACUAUCUUCGAGCCUUGCAUACUUUGGAAAACAAUGGUGGAAUCAAUCCAGUUGUUGUCCAUGGACCUGAUCAGUCAACUGCAGAGGAGAUGAGGAAUCGAACCAGUAUUGCCUUCUACUGGGAUUCGUUCUACAGAGGAGGAGCUCCUUACAGGAAGAAGACUGCGUAG